UUGAGAAGUACAAAUUGGGGAACCCUGAAUCAUUCCAUUACCUCAACCAAUCUAAUUGUUAUGAUCUAGACGGAGUAAAUGAUGCUCAUGAAUAUCUUGCAACCAGGAGGGCUAUGGAUAUAGUUGGAAUCAGCGAGCAAGAACAGGCGGCUAUUUUCAGGGUUGUAGCUGCUAUUCUUCAUAUUGGUAAUAUUGAUUUUGCAAAGGGAAAGGAGAUAGACUCAUUUGUCGUUAAGGAUGAAAAGUCUAGAUUCCAUCUUAAAAUGACAGCUGAACUUCUCAUGUGUGACGCCCAGAAUUUGGAAGAUGCUCUGAUUAAACGUGUGAUGGUGACACCUGAAGAAGUCAUUACGAGAAUGCUAGAUCCUGUUAAUGCAAUCGUUAUCCAGGAUGGUUUAGCAAAAACAGUAUACUUCCGCCUAUUUGAUUGGCUUGUGGAUAAAAUCAAUGUUUCAAUUGGGCAGGACCCGAACUUGAAAUCAUUAAUUGGAGUUCUUGAUAUAUAUGGUUUUGAAAGUUUUAAGUGUAAUAGUUUUGAGCAGUUCUACAUUAAUUUCACAAAUGAGAAGCUGCAACAGCAUUUUAACCAGCAUGUCUUCAAAAUGGAACAGGAAGAGUACACAAAAGAGGAAAUCAAUUGGAGCUACAUAGAGUUUGUUGAUAACCAAGAUCUGUUGGAUCUGAUUGAGAAGGUUUUUUGUCUGCUGCCUGAUGCAAUCCUUCAUAUUCAUUCAUGA